AUGUGUGACGGCUCUAUGGUUUGGACCGACUGUGCCUGUGAGCUGAAUUGCCAAGCUAUGGCUUCGAGAGAAGAUCCAGUCUAUGAAUGUGACAACUCGACCUGCGUACCCGGUUGCAGCUGCCCGGCCGGCAUGUUGGAACACGAUAAGAUGUGCGUGGAGCCGGAGGAGUGUCCAUGCUACUACAACGGGACUUUCUAUGCGUACGGUGACACAGUAGUAAUCAAUGAUUGCUACAUUGGAAUCUGCGAGAGGACAACAGAAAGAGUUGAAGAUCCACUGAGCAUUAUUCCCAACUGCAACAUUGAAGUGUGUUCCAAUGGAACAAUGCUUCGGGAUGUUCCCGGCGAGUGUUGCUCCUGUGUACCAGAAUGCCAAGACGGAAUGGUGUAUAGCGAAUGUGCAUGCAAUCGCAGCUGUGAGUACCCAGAGAUGACGUGCUCUGACAAUUGCAUGCCUGGAUGCAGCUGUUCAGAAGAGAUGUUUUGGAAUGGAACGGAGUGUGUUGAACAGUGCCCCUGUCUCUACAUGGACCGCUUGAAUGAGAAAGUCUGGACACAGGAUAACUGCACCAUGUGCAAGUGGAAGGAUGUUGAUAACUGCUUGGUAAACUGCCACGAAUUUUGUGAGAUCAAAGAUGCAUGUGGCGAAGAUGUUGGGGAGGUUUGGAUGCCGAAUGUGUGCGAGGAAUGUGAGUGUUCACAGAGUGGCAAUGUCAUAUGUCGGGAGACUAUGUGUCAGGACCCACCUUGCCAGCUUGGAUACGAGCCAUACCAGGUUGAGGGUGAAUGCUGUGCUCACUGUAAACCAAUUCCUCAGCCAACAACACCGGAGCCAGAAACAACUCCUGCUUCAUACGAAUGCCCAGAAAUUUGCUACAUAGACGAACCACUCUCCUGUGAACAACAAUUGGCCUUCACCGAAAGAUCCAACAGUGCACCAUUUGUGGAACAGUCAGAGUGUAGUCCUAUGUUUAGUGACAUGUUCAAUGUACAGCCGAACUGCUCCUGCAAGGAGGGAUUCUUUAAAGAUGUCACCGGAGGCGCUGUGGAAGAACAACUUGGGUACACGUUCAAGUCCGGGAUGUGCAUUCUAUGGGACACAUGCGCAGAAGCUUCUACAACUGAGGAGCCCCUGUCCACAAUGUCCGUUACAACAACUGAAAUUCCAUAUUGUCAAAACAUUUGUCACGUGAGAUGUGACAAGUCACAAGAAGAAUAUGAACUCUUCUACAAUACAACCACAUGCAAGUCCGAGUUUGCAAAGUUCUUCAAUGCUUCCACCUACUGCCAAUGCAAGGAAGGUUAUGUGAAGGAUGAAGAGGGAGAAGCUGUGGAACAACUGGGAUUCCAGUUUAACACAUCCAUGUGCAUCGAAGAGGGGGAAUCAGUUAUGCAAGACUGUGAAAUAUGUGAAUGCCGGAGGAAAUCCACCCAGCCCUCAGCAAAUAGUUCUGCUUCAUUGAAUCCUACAUACAGCAUGAUUUGCUAUCCUCUUCAGGUGUGCACAACAACAGCAGAAUACACGACAGCUCAGCCAACAACACGAAGCACCACCAAUCCUCCAUCAUCAACAACUGGGUACUGUUUGGAACCCGUGGACAGCAAAUCGGGACUCCUGUCAGAUAUCACAGGAAGAGGUUCAGUGUUGCCAGACAAAGCCGAAGGUCACAUACAACUGACAGACCUUCCCAUCACUCUGGAAGCAGAAGAGCCUUCCAGUCUAGACAGUGAAUUCCUCAGACCUGUUGAUGUCAGAGCUAUCAGGUUCAGGUUGCAGCCCACAAUAUCUUUAACCACUCCGACAGGCACUGAAGAAAAAUUCACACCUCUAGAAAGCACUCUGGCAUUGCUUGUUAAGAAACCAGGAGAGGAGUACUUUUCACCCGUUUUGGAAGCAGGCACUGCUCGAGAUCAAGUGAAGAUGUUCACAGUCUCCCUUGACAGCGACUUACCUGAGAAACUGCUGUUCCCGAGCGAAGACACAGCUCUGAAGGGCAUUGAGCAGUUGCGUAUUGAAUUCCGAACUGUGUCCGGUGGUAAAUCUGCAAAACUACAAGUGGACAUUCUUGGAUGUACAGAAGGUUACUGUCUAGAGCCCAUGGAUGGGGAAAAGGGACUUGAACCUGAAGUUAAGGCGGCUGGAGAUUUCACCAUUGAUAGUCAGACCUCCUACUUGACAAUCACCCAGUUGCCAAUUGACCCAAGCUCAAGUGAUAUCCCCAGCGUAGAGCUCCUCUUCCGUCAACCCAUCAAGGUCACAGCAAUAGUCUUAGCCUCGCGUUCUCCUCAAGCAACAAGUGCACCCACGGGUCAGCCAGCAGCAAGCACAACCACAUCCAGGACUGCUGCAGGGGAGAGGCUGACUGAGGUCACCCUCACUCUGUCCACCAAGAAGCCUGACGAUGAUGAAUUCACUACACUGACUGAUGAUAACACCAAUCAGCCCAAGUUGCUAACUGUCCAUCUGGAAGGAGACGAACCCGAAAUCAAGUACUUGCCGAUAGAUGAAGACACACUGGAUGGUAUCACUGAACUGCGCGUACAAUUCCAGUCUGUCAGUGACGAUGACGCAACAACGUUUGAGUUACAUGUUCUGGGUUGCAUCAAAGAAUACACGACAGCUCAGCCAACAACACGAAGCACCACCAAUCCUCCGUCAUCAACAACUGGGUACUGUUUGGAACCCGUGGACAGCAAAUCGGGACUCCUGUCAGAUAUCACAGGUAGAGGUUCAGUGUUGCCAGACAAAGCCGAAGGUCACAUACAACUGACAGACCUUCCCAUCACUCUGGAAGCAGAAGAGCCUUCCAGUCUAGACAGUGAAUUCCUCAGACCUGUUGAUGUCAGAGCUAUCAGGUUCAGGUUGCAGCCCACAAUAUCUUUAACCACUCCGACAGGCACUGAAGAAAAAUUCACACCUCUAGAAAGCACUCUGGCAUUGCUUGUUAAGAAACCAGGAGAGGAGUACUUUUCACCCGUUUUGGAAGCAGGCACUGCUCGAGAUCAAGUGAAGAUUUUCACAGUCUCCCUUGACAGCGACUUACCUGAGAAACUGCUGUUUCCGAGCGAAGACACAGCUAUGAAGGGCAUUGAGCAGUUGCGUAUUGAAUUCCGAACUGUGUCCGGUGGUGAAUCUGCAAAACUACAAGUGGACAUUCUUGGAUGUACAGAAGGUUACUGUCUAGAGCCCAUGGAUGGGGAAAAGGGACUUGAACCUGAAGUUAAGGCGGCUGGAGAUCUCACAAUUGAUAGUCAGACCUCCUACUUGACAAUCACCCAGUUGCCAAUUGACCCAAGCUCAAGUGAUAUCCCCAGCGUAGAGCUCCUCUUCCGUCAACCCAUCAAGGUCACAGCAGUAGUCUUAGCCUCGCGUUCUCCUCAAGCAACAAGUGCACCCACGGGUCAGCCAGCAGCAAGCACAACCACAUCCAGGACUGCUGCAGGGGAGAGGCUGACUGAGGUCACCCUCACUCUGUCCACCAAGAAGCCCGACGAUGAUGAAUUCACUACACUGGUUGAUGAUAACACCAACCAGCCCAAGUUGAUAACUGUCCGUCUGGAAGGAGACCAACCCGAAAUCAAGUACUUGCCGAUAGAUGAAGACACACUGGAUGGCAUCACUGAACUGCGCUUACAAUUCCAGUCUGUCAGUGACGAUGACGCAACAACAUUUGAGUUACAUGUUCUGGGUUGCAUCAAAGAAUACACCACUCAGCCGACGACAAGAACCACCAGUGUCACCACCACUCUGAUAACCACGACUCCUCCCUCAUCAACAACCCAAGGGUACUGUCUGGAAUCCAUGGAUAGCGAGUCUGGACUUUUGUCGGAUGUCAGAGGUAGAGGUUCAGUGUUGCCGGACAAAACCAAAGGUGACAUCCAACUGACAGACCUUCCCAUCACUCCGGAAGCAGAAGAGCCUUCCAGUCUAGACAGUGAUUUCAAUGGACGUGUCAUUGCCAGAGCCAUCAGGUUCAGGCUGCAAUCCACAAUAUCCUCCACCACUCCGACAGGUGCUGGAGAAGAAAUUACGCCUCUUGAAAUCACUCUGACUUUGCUUGUUAAGAAGCCAGGAGAUAGCGACUUCACGCCCGUUUUGGAAGGGGACACUACUCAAAAGAAGAUUUUCAGAGUCACCCUUGACAGCGACUUGCCUGAGAGACUGCUGCUCCCGAGCGAUGACACAGCUCUGAAGGGCAUUGAGCAGUUGCGUAUUGAGUUCCAAACUGUGACCGGUGGUGAAUCAGCAAGACUGCAAGUGGAGGUUCUGGGAUGUGCAGAAGAAUACACAACAACUGAAAUGACCACUAAAGUCACCACUGUCACAACACCGACAACAACUGUCAGCGAAGAAACAACAAGCUCCCGAACCACGACGUCACAAAUGUCAACUUCUCCAGGUUACUGUCUAGAGCCCAUGGAUGGGGAAAAGGGACUUGAACCUGAAGUUAAGGCGGCUGGAGAUCUCACAAUUGAUAGUCAGACCUCCUACUUGACAAUCACCCAGUUGCCAAUUGACCCAAGCUCAAGUGAUAUCCCCAGCGUAGAGCUCCUCUUCCGUCAACCCAUCAAGGUCACAGCAGUAGUCUUAGCCUCGCGUUCUCCUCAAGCAACAAGUGCACCCACGGGUCAGCCAGCAGCAAGCACAACCACAUCCAGGACUGCUGCAGGGGAGAGGCUGACUGAGGUCACCCUCACUCUGUCCACCAAGAAGCCCGACGAUGAUGAAUUCACUACACUGGUUGAUGAUAACACCAACCAGCCCAAGUUGAUAACUGUCCGUCUGGAAGGAGACCAACCCGAAAUCAAGUACUUGCCGAUAGAUGAAGACACACUGGAUGGCAUCACUGAACUGCGCGUACAAUUCCAGUCUGUCAGUGACGAUGACGCAACAACAUUUGAGUUACAUGUUCUGGGUUGCAUCAAAGAAUACACCACUCAGCCGACGACAAGAACCACCAGUGUCACCACCACUCUGAUAACCACGACUCCUCCCUCAUCAACAACCCAAGGGUACUGUCUGGAAUCCAUGGAUAGCGAGUCUGGACUUUUGUCGGAUGUCAGAGGUAGAGGUUCAGUGUUGCCGGACAAAACCAAAGGUGACAUCCAACUGACAGACCUUCCCAUCACUCCGGAAGCAGAAGAGCCUUCCAGUCUAGACAGUGAUUUCAAUGGACGUGUCAUUGCCAGAGCCAUCAGGUUCAGGCUGCAAUCCACAAUAUCCUCCACCACUCCGACAGGUGCUGGAGAAGAAAUUACGCCUCUUGAAAUCACUCUGACUUUGCUUGUUAAGAAGCCAGGAGAUAGCGACUUCACGCCCGUUUUGGAAGGGGACACUACUCAAAAGAAGAUUUUCAGAGUCACCCUUGACAGCGACUUGCCUGAGAGACUGCUGCUCCCGAGCGAUGACACAGCUCUGAAGGGCAUUGAGCAGUUGCGUAUUGAGUUCCAAACUGUGACCGGUGGUGAAUCAGCAAGACUGCAAGUGGAGGUUCUGGGAUGUGCAGAAGAAUACACAACAACUGAAAUGACCACUAAAGUCACCACUGUCACAACACCGACAACAACUGUCAGCGAAGAAACAACAAGCUCCCGAACCACGACGUCACAAAUGUCAACUACUCCAGGUUACUGUCUAGAGCCCAUGGAUGGGGAAAAGGGACUUGAACCUGAAGUUAAGGCGGCUGGAGAUCUCACAAUUGAUAGUCAGACCUCCUACUUGACAAUCACCCAGUUGCCAAUUGACCCAAGCUCAAGUGAUAUCCCCAGCGUAGAGCUCCUCUUCCGUCAACCCAUCAAGGUCACAGCAGUAGUCUUAGCCUCGCGUUCUCCUCAAGCAACAAGUGCACCCACGGGUCAGCCAGCAGCAAGCACAACCACAUCCAGGACUGCUGCAGGGGAGAGGCUGACUGAGGUCACCCUCACUCUGUCCACCAAGAAGCCCGACGAUGAUGAAUUCACUACACUGGUUGAUGAUAACACCAACCAGCCCAAGUUGAUAACUGUCCGUCUGGAAGGAGACCAACCCGAAAUCAAGUACUUGCCGAUAGAUGAAGACACACUGGAUGGCAUCACUGAACUGCGCGUACAAUUCCAGUCUGUCAGUGACGAUGACGCAACAACAUUUGAGUUACAUGUUCUGGGUUGCAUCAAAGAAUACACCACUCAGCCGACGACAAGAACCACCAGUGUCACCACCACUCUGAUAACCACGACUCCUCCCUCAUCAACAACCCAAGGGUACUGUCUGGAAUCCAUGGAUAGCGAGUCUGGACUUUUGUCGGAUGUCAGAGGUAGAGGUUCAGUGUUGCCGGACAAAACCAAAGGUGACAUCCAACUGACAGACCUUCCCAUCACUCCGGAAGCAGAAGAGCCUUCCAGUCUAGACAGUGAUUUCAAUGGACGUGUCAUUGCCAGAGCCAUCAGGUUCAGGCUGCAAUCCACAAUAUCCUCCACCACUCCGACAGGUGCUGGAGAAGAAAUUACGCCUCUUGAAAUCACUCUGACUUUGCUUGUUAAGAAGCCAGGAGAUAGCGACUUCACGCCCGUUUUGGAAGGGGACACUACUCAAAAGAAGAUUUUCAGAGUCACCCUUGACAGCGACUUGCCUGAGAGACUGCUGCUCCCGAGCGAUGACACAGCUCUGAAGGGCAUUGAGCAGUUGCGUAUUGAGUUCCAAACUGUGACCGGUGGUGAAUCAGCAAGACUGCAAGUGGAGGUUCUGGGAUGUGCAGAAGAAUACACAACAACUGAAAUGACCACUAAAGUCACCACUGUCACAACACCGACAACAACUGUCAGCGAAGAAACAACAAGCUCCCGAACCACGACGUCACAAAUGUCAACUACUCCAGGUUACUGUCUAGAGCCCAUGGAUGGGGAAAAGGGACUUGAACCUGAAGUUAAGGCGGCUGGAGAUCUCACAAUUGAUAGUCAGACCUCCUACUUGACAAUCACCCAGUUGCCAAUUGACCCAAGCUCAAGUGAUAUCCCCAGCGUAGAGCUCCUCUUCCGUCAACCCAUCAAGGUCACAGCAGUAGUCUUAGCCUCGCGUUCUCCUCAAGCAACAAGUGCACCCACGGGUCAGCCAGCAGCAAGCACAACCACAUCCAGGACUGCUGCAGGGGAGAGGCUGACUGAGGUCACCCUCACUCUGUCCACCAAGAAGCCCGACGAUGAUGAAUUCACUACACUGGUUGAUGAUAACACCAACCAGCCCAAGUUGAUAACUGUCCGUCUGGAAGGAGACCAACCCGAAAUCAAGUACUUGCCGAUAGAUGAAGACACACUGGAUGGCAUCACUGAACUGCGCGUACAAUUCCAGUCUGUCAGUGACGAUGACGCAACAACAUUUGAGUUACAUGUUCUGGGUUGCAUCAAAGAAUACACCACUCAGCCGACGACAAGAACCACCAGUGUCACCACCACUCUGAUAACCACGACUCCUCCCUCAUCAACAACCCAAGGGUACUGUCUGGAAUCCAUGGAUAGCGAGUCUGGACUUUUGUCGGAUGUCAGAGGUAGAGGUUCAGUGUUGCCGGACAAAACCAAAGGUGACAUCCAACUGACAGACCUUCCCAUCACUCCGGAAGCAGAAGAGCCUUCCAGUCUAGACAGUGAUUUCAAUGGACGUGUCAUUGCCAGAGCCAUCAGGUUCAGGCUGCAAUCCACAAUAUCCUCCACCACUCCGACAGGUGCUGGAGAAGAAAUUACGCCUCUUGAAAUCACUCUGACUUUGCUUGUUAAGAAGCCAGGAGAUAGCGACUUCACGCCCGUUUUGGAAGGGGACACUACUCAAAAGAAGAUUUUCAGAGUCACCCUUGACAGCGACUUGCCUGAGAGACUGCUGCUCCCGAGCGAUGACACAGCUCUGAAGGGCAUUGAGCAGUUGCGUAUUGAGUUCCAAACUGUGACCGGUGGUGAAUCAGCAAGACUGCAAGUGGAGGUUCUGGGAUGUGCAGAAGAAUACACAACAACUGAAAUGACCACUAAAGUCACCACUGUCACAACACCGACAACAACUGUCAGCGAAGAAACAACAAGCUCCCGAACCACGACGUCACAAAUGUCAACUACUCCAGGUUACUGUCUAGAGCCCAUGGAUGGGGAAAAGGGACUUGAACCUGAAGUUAAGGCGGCUGGAGAUCUCACAAUUGAUAGUCAGACCUCCUACUUGACAAUCACCCAGUUGCCAAUUGACCCAAGCUCAAGUGAUAUCCCCAGCGUAGAGCUCCUCUUCCGUCAACCCAUCAAGGUCACAGCAGUAGUCUUAGCCUCGCGUUCUCCUCAAGCAACAAGUGCACCCACGGGUCAGCCAGCAGCAAGCACAACCACAUCCAGGACUGCUGCAGGGGAGAGGCUGACUGAGGUCACCCUCACUCUGUCCACCAAGAAGCCCGACGAUGAUGAAUUCACUACACUGGUUGAUGAUAACACCAACCAGCCCAAGUUGAUAACUGUCCGUCUGGAAGGAGACCAACCCGAAAUCAAGUACUUGCCGAUAGAUGAAGACACACUGGAUGGCAUCACUGAACUGCGCGUACAAUUCCAGUCUGUCAGUGACGAUGACGCAACAACAUUUGAGUUACAUGUUCUGGGUUGCAUCAAAGAAUACACCACUCAGCCGACGACAAGAACCACCAGUGUCACCACCACUCUGAUAACCACGACUCCUCCCUCAUCAACAACCCAAGGGUACUGUCUGGAAUCCAUGGAUAGCGAGUCUGGACUUUUGUCGGAUGUCAGAGGUAGAGGUUCAGUGUUGCCGGACAAAACCAAAGGUGACAUCCAACUGACAGACCUUCCCAUCACUCCGGAAGCAGAAGAGCCUUCCAGUCUAGACAGUGAUUUCAAUGGACGUGUCAUUGCCAGAGCCAUCAGGUUCAGGCUGCAAUCCACAAUAUCCUCCACCACUCCGACAGGUGCUGGAGAAGAAAUUACGCCUCUUGAAAUCACUCUGACUUUGCUUGUUAAGAAGCCAGGAGAUAGCGACUUCACGCCCGUUUUGGAAGGGGACACUACUCAAAAGAAGAUUUUCAGAGUCACCCUUGACAGCGACUUGCCUGAGAGACUGCUGCUCCCGAGCGAUGACACAGCUCUGAAGGGCAUUGAGCAGUUGCGUAUUGAGUUCCAAACUGUGACCGGUGGUGAAUCAGCAAGACUGCAAGUGGAGGUUCUGGGAUGUGCAGAAGAAUACACAACAACUGAAAUGACCACUAAAGUCACCACUGUCACAACACCGACAACAACUGUCAGCGAAGAAACAACAAGCUCCCGAACCACGACGUCACAAAUGUCAACUACUCCAGGUUACUGUCUAGAGCCCAUGGAUGGGGAAAAGGGACUUGAACCUGAAGUUAAGGCGGCUGGAGAUCUCACAAUUGAUAGUCAGACCUCCUACUUGACAAUCACCCAGUUGCCAAUUGACCCAAGCUCAAGUGAUAUCCCCAGCGUAGAGCUCCUCUUCCGUCAACCCAUCAAGGUCACAGCAGUAGUCUUAGCCUCGCGUUCUCCUCAAGCAACAAGUGCACCCACGGGUCAGCCAGCAGCAAGCACAACCACAUCCAGGACUGCUGCAGGGGAGAGGCUGACUGAGGUCACCCUCACUCUGUCCACCAAGAAGCCCGACGAUGAUGAAUUCACUACACUGGUUGAUGAUAACACCAACCAGCCCAAGUUGAUAACUGUCCGUCUGGAAGGAGACCAACCCGAAAUCAAGUACUUGCCGAUAGAUGAAGACACACUGGAUGGCAUCACUGAACUGCGCGUACAAUUCCAGUCUGUCAGUGACGAUGACGCAACAACAUUUGAGUUACAUGUUCUGGGUUGCAUCAAAGAAUACACCACUCAGCCGACGACAAGAACCACCAGUGUCACCACCACUCUGAUAACCACGACUCCUCCCUCAUCAACAACCCAAGGGUACUGUCUGGAAUCCAUGGAUAGCGAGUCUGGACUUUUGUCGGAUGUCAGAGGUAGAGGUUCAGUGUUGCCGGACAAAACCAAAGGUGACAUCCAACUGACAGACCUUCCCAUCACUCCGGAAGCAGAAGAGCCUUCCAGUCUAGACAGUGAUUUCAAUGGACGUGUCAUUGCCAGAGCCAUCAGGUUCAGGCUGCAAUCCACAAUAUCCUCCACCACUCCGACAGGUGCUGGAGAAGAAAUUACGCCUCUUGAAAUCACUCUGACUUUGCUUGUUAAGAAGCCAGGAGAUAGCGACUUCACGCCCGUUUUGGAAGGGGACACUACUCAAAAGAAGAUUUUCAGAGUCACCCUUGACAGCGACUUGCCUGAGAGACUGCUGCUCCCGAGCGAUGACACAGCUCUGAAGGGCAUUGAGCAGUUGCGUAUUGAGUUCCAAACUGUGACCGGUGGUGAAUCAGCAAGACUGCAAGUGGAGGUUCUGGGAUGUGCAGAAGAAUACACAACAACUGAAAUGACCACUAAAGUCACCACUGUCACAACACCGACAACAACUGUCAGCGAAGAAACAACAAGCUCCCGAACCACGACGUCACAAAUGUCAACUACUCCAGGUUACUGUCUAGAGCCCAUGGAUGGGGAAAAGGGACUUGAACCUGAAGUUAAGGCGGCUGGAGAUCUCACAAUUGAUAGUCAGACCUCCUACUUGACAAUCACCCAGUUGCCAAUUGACCCAAGCUCAAGUGAUAUCCCCAGCGUAGAGCUCCUCUUCCGUCAACCCAUCAAGGUCACAGCAGUAGUCUUAGCCUCGCGUUCUCCUCAAGCAACAAGUGCACCCACGGGUCAGCCAGCAGCAAGCACAACCACAUCCAGGACUGCUGCAGGGGAGAGGCUGACUGAGGUCACCCUCACUCUGUCCACCAAGAAGCCCGACGAUGAUGAAUUCACUACACUGGUUGAUGAUAACACCAACCAGCCCAAGUUGAUAACUGUCCGUCUGGAAGGAGACCAACCCGAAAUCAAGUACUUGCCGAUAGAUGAAGACACACUGGAUGGCAUCACUGAACUGCGCGUACAAUUCCAGUCUGUCAGUGACGAUGACGCAACAACAUUUGAGUUACAUGUUCUGGGUUGCAUCAAAGAAUACACCACUCAGCCGACGACAAGAACCACCAGUGUCACCACCACUCUGAUAACCACGACUCCUCCCUCAUCAACAACCCAAGGGUACUGUCUGGAAUCCAUGGAUAGCGAGUCUGGACUUUUGUCGGAUGUCAGAGGUAGAGGUUCAGUGUUGCCGGACAAAACCAAAGGUGACAUCCAACUGACAGACCUUCCCAUCACUCCGGAAGCAGAAGAGCCUUCCAGUCUAGACAGUGAUUUCAAUGGACGUGUCAUUGCCAGAGCCAUCAGGUUCAGGCUGCAAUCCACAAUAUCCUCCACCACUCCGACAGGUGCUGGAGAAGAAAUUACGCCUCUUGAAAUCACUCUGACUUUGCUUGUUAAGAAGCCAGGAGAUAGCGACUUCACGCCCGUUUUGGAAGGGGACACUACUCAAAAGAAGAUUUUCAGAGUCACCCUUGACAGCGACUUGCCUGAGAGACUGCUGCUCCCGAGCGAUGACACAGCUCUGAAGGGCAUUGAGCAGUUGCGUAUUGAGUUCCAAACUGUGACCGGUGGUGAAUCAGCAAGACUGCAAGUGGAGGUUCUGGGAUGUGCAGAAGAAUACACAACAACUGAAAUGACCACUAAAGUCACCACUGUCACAACACCGACAACAACUGUCAGCGAAGAAACAACAAGCUCCCGAACCACGACGUCACAAAUGUCAACUACUCCAGGUUACUGUCUAGAGCCCAUGGAUGGGGAAAAGGGACUUGAACCUGAAGUUAAGGCGGCUGGAGAUCUCACAAUUGAUAGUCAGACCUCCUACUUGACAAUCACCCAGUUGCCAAUUGACCCAAGCUCAAGUGAUAUCCCCAGCGUAGAGCUCCUCUUCCGUCAACCCAUCAAGGUCACAGCAGUAGUCUUAGCCUCGCGUUCUCCUCAAGCAACAAGUGCACCCACGGGUCAGCCAGCAGCAAGCACAACCACAUCCAGGACUGCUGCAGGGGAGAGGCUGACUGAGGUCACCCUCACUCUGUCCACCAAGAAGCCCGACGAUGAUGAAUUCACUACACUGGUUGAUGAUAACACCAACCAGCCCAAGUUGAUAACUGUCCGUCUGGAAGGAGACCAACCCGAAAUCAAGUACUUGCCGAUAGAUGAAGACACACUGGAUGGCAUCACUGAACUGCGCGUACAAUUCCAGUCUGUCAGUGACGAUGACGCAACAACAUUUGAGUUACAUGUUCUGGGUUGCAUCAAAGAAUACACCACUCAGCCGACGACAAGAACCACCAGUGUCACCACCACUCUGAUAACCACGACUCCUCCCUCAUCAACAACCCAAGGGUACUGUCUGGAAUCCAUGGAUAGCGAGUCUGGACUUUUGUCGGAUGUCAGAGGUAGAGGUUCAGUGUUGCCGGACAAAACCAAAGGUGACAUCCAACUGACAGACCUUCCCAUCACUCCGGAAGCAGAAGAGCCUUCCAGUCUAGACAGUGAUUUCAAUGGACGUGUCAUUGCCAGAGCCAUCAGGUUCAGGCUGCAAUCCACAAUAUCCUCCACCACUCCGACAGGUGCUGGAGAAGAAAUUACGCCUCUUGAAAUCACUCUGACUUUGCUUGUUAAGAAGCCAGGAGAUAGCGACUUCACGCCCGUUUUGGAAGGGGACACUACUCAAAAGAAGAUUUUCAGAGUCACCCUUGACAGCGACUUGCCUGAGAGACUGCUGCUCCCGAGCGAUGACACAGCUCUGAAGGGCAUUGAGCAGUUGCGUAUUGAGUUCCAAACUGUGACCGGUGGUGAAUCAGCAAGACUGCAAGUGGAGGUUCUGGGAUGUGCAGAAGAAUACACAACAACUGAAAUGACCACUAAAGUCACCACUGUCACAACACCGACAACAACUGUCAGCGAAGAAACAACAAGCUCCCGAACCACGACGUCACAAAUGUCAACUACUCCAGGUUACUGUCUAGAGCCCAUGGAUGGGGAAAAGGGACUUGAACCUGAAGUUAAGGCGGCUGGAGAUCUCACAAUUGAUAGUCAGACCUCCUACUUGACAAUCACCCAGUUGCCAAUUGACCCAAGCUCAAGUGAUAUCCCCAGCGUAGAGCUCCUCUUCCGUCAACCCAUCAAGGUCACAGCAGUAGUCUUAGCCUCGCGUUCUCCUCAAGCAACAAGUGCACCCACGGGUCAGCCAGCAGCAAGCACAACCACAUCCAGGACUGCUGCAGGGGAGAGGCUGACUGAGGUCACCCUCACUCUGUCCACCAAGAAGCCCGACGAUGAUGAAUUCACUACACUGGUUGAUGAUAACACCAACCAGCCCAAGUUGAUAACUGUCCGUCUGGAAGGAGACCAACCCGAAAUCAAGUACUUGCCGAUAGAUGAAGACACACUGGAUGGCAUCACUGAACUGCGCGUACAAUUCCAGUCUGUCAGUGACGAUGACGCAACAACAUUUGAGUUACAUGUUCUGGGUUGCAUCAAAGAAUACACCACUCAGCCGACGACAAGAACCACCAGUGUCACCACCACUCUGAUAACCACGACUCCUCCCUCAUCAACAACCCAAGGGUACUGUCUGGAAUCCAUGGAUAGCGAGUCUGGACUUUUGUCGGAUGUCAGAGGUAGAGGUUCAGUGUUGCCGGACAAAACCAAAGGUGACAUCCAACUGACAGACCUUCCCAUCACUCCGGAAGCAGAAGAGCCUUCCAGUCUAGACAGUGAUUUCAAUGGACGUGUCAUUGCCAGAGCCAUCAGGUUCAGGCUGCAAUCCACAAUAUCCUCCACCACUCCGACAGGUGCUGGAGAAGAAAUUACGCCUCUUGAAAUCACUCUGACUUUGCUUGUUAAGAAGCCAGGAGAUAGCGACUUCACGCCCGUUUUGGAAGGGGACACUACUCAAAAGAAGAUUUUCAGAGUCACCCUUGACAGCGACUUGCCUGAGAGACUGCUGCUCCCGAGCGAUGACACAGCUCUGAAGGGCAUUGAGCAGUUGCGUAUUGAGUUCCAAACUGUGACCGGUGGUGAAUCAGCAAGACUGCAAGUGGAGGUUCUGGGAUGUGCAGAAGAAUACACAACAACUGAAAUGACCACUAAAGUCACCACUGUCACAACACCGACAACAACUGUCAGCGAAGAAACAACAAGCUCCCGAACCACGACGUCACAAAUGUCAACUACUCCAGGUUACUGUCUAGAGCCCAUGGAUGGGGAAAAGGGACUUGAACCUGAAGUUAAGGCGGCUGGAGAUCUCACAAUUGAUAGUCAGACCUCCUACUUGACAAUCACCCAGUUGCCAAUUGACCCAAGCUCAAGUGAUAUCCCCAGCGUAGAGCUCCUCUUCCGUCAACCCAUCAAGGUCACAGCAGUAGUCUUAGCCUCGCGUUCUCCUCAAGCAACAAGUGCACCCACGGGUCAGCCAGCAGCAAGCACAACCACAUCCAGGACUGCUGCAGGGGAGAGGCUGACUGAGGUCACCCUCACUCUGUCCACCAAGAAGCCCGACGAUGAUGAAUUCACUACACUGGUUGAUGAUAACACCAACCAGCCCAAGUUGAUAACUGUCCGUCUGGAAGGAGACCAACCCGAAAUCAAGUACUUGCCGAUAGAUGAAGACACACUGGAUGGCAUCACUGAACUGCGCGUACAAUUCCAGUCUGUCAGUGACGAUGACGCAACAACAUUUGAGUUACAUGUUCUGGGUUGCAUCAAAGAAUACACCACUCAGCCGACGACAAGAACCACCAGUGUCACCACCACUCUGAUAACCACGACUCCUCCCUCAUCAACAACCCAAGGGUACUGUCUGGAAUCCAUGGAUAGCGAGUCUGGACUUUUGUCGGAUGUCAGAGGUAGAGGUUCAGUGUUGCCGGACAAAACCAAAGGUGACAUCCAACUGACAGACCUUCCCAUCACUCCGGAAGCAGAAGAGCCUUCCAGUCUAGACAGUGAUUUCAAUGGACGUGUCAUUGCCAGAGCCAUCAGGUUCAGGCUGCAAUCCACAAUAUCCUCCACCACUCCGACAGGUGCUGGAGAAGAAAUUACGCCUCUUGAAAUCACUCUGACUUUGCUUGUUAAGAAGCCAGGAGAUAGCGACUUCACGCCCGUUUUGGAAGGGGACACUACUCAAAAGAAGAUUUUCAGAGUCACCCUUGACAGCGACUUGCCUGAGAGACUGCUGCUCCCGAGCGAUGACACAGCUCUGAAGGGCAUUGAGCAGUUGCGUAUUGAGUUCCAAACUGUGACCGGUGGUGAAUCAGCAAGACUGCAAGUGGAGGUUCUGGGAUGUGCAGAAGAAUACACAACAACUGAAAUGACCACUAAAGUCACCACUGUCACAACACCGACAACAACUGUCAGCGAAGAAACAACAAGCUCCCGAACCACGACGUCACAAAUGUCAACUACUCCAGGUUACUGUCUAGAGCCCAUGGAUGGGGAAAAGGGACUUGAACCUGAAGUUAAGGCGGCUGGAGAUCUCACAAUUGAUAGUCAGACCUCCUACUUGACAAUCACCCAGUUGCCAAUUGACCCAAGCUCAAGUGAUAUCCCCAGCGUAGAGCUCCUCUUCCGUCAACCCAUCAAGGUCACAGCAGUAGUCUUAGCCUCGCGUUCUCCUCAAGCAACAAGUGCACCCACGGGUCAGCCAGCAGCAAGCACAACCACAUCCAGGACUGCUGCAGGGGAGAGGCUGACUGAGGUCACCCUCACUCUGUCCACCAAGAAGCCCGACGAUGAUGAAUUCACUACACUGGUUGAUGAUAACACCAACCAGCCCAAGUUGAUAACUGUCCGUCUGGAAGGAGACCAACCCGAAAUCAAGUACUUGCCGAUAGAUGAAGACACACUGGAUGGCAUCACUGAACUGCGCGUACAAUUCCAGUCUGUCAGUGACGAUGACGCAACAACAUUUGAGUUACAUGUUCUGGGUUGCAUCAAAGAAUACACCACUCAGCCGACGACAAGAACCACCAGUGUCACCACCACUCUGAUAACCACGACUCCUCCCUCAUCAACAACCCAAGGGUACUGUCUGGAAUCCAUGGAUAGCGAGUCUGGACUUUUGUCGGAUGUCAGAGGUAGAGGUUCAGUGUUGCCGGACAAAACCAAAGGUGACAUCCAACUGACAGACCUUCCCAUCACUCCGGAAGCAGAAGAGCCUUCCAGUCUAGACAGUGAUUUCAAUGGACGUGUCAUUGCCAGAGCCAUCAGGUUCAGGCUGCAAUCCACAAUAUCCUCCACCACUCCGACAGGUGCUGGAGAAGAAAUUACGCCUCUUGAAAUCACUCUGACUUUGCUUGUUAAGAAGCCAGGAGAUAGCGACUUCACGCCCGUUUUGGAAGGGGACACUACUCAAAAGAAGAUUUUCAGAGUCACCCUUGACAGCGACUUGCCUGAGAGACUGCUGCUCCCGAGCGAUGACACAGCUCUGAAGGGCAUUGAGCAGUUGCGUAUUGAGUUCCAAACUGUGACCGGUGGUGAAUCAGCAAGACUGCAAGUGGAGGUUCUGGGAUGUGCAGAAGAAUACACAACAACUGAAAUGACCACUAAAGUCACCACUGUCACAACACCGACAACAACUGUCAGCGAAGAAACAACAAGCUCCCGAACCACGACGUCACAAAUGUCAACUACUCCAGGUUACUGUCUAGAGCCCAUGGAUGGGGAAAAGGGACUUGAACCUGAAGUUAAGGCGGCUGGAGAUCUCACAAUUGAUAGUCAGACCUCCUACUUGACAAUCACCCAGUUGCCAAUUGACCCAAGCUCAAGUGAUAUCCCCAGCGUAGAGCUCCUCUUCCGUCAACCCAUCAAGGUCACAGCAGUAGUCUUAGCCUCGCGUUCUCCUCAAGCAACAAGUGCACCCACGGGUCAGCCAGCAGCAAGCACAACCACAUCCAGGACUGCUGCAGGGGAGAGGCUGACUGAGGUCACCCUCACUCUGUCCACCAAGAAGCCCGACGAUGAUGAAUUCACUACACUGGUUGAUGAUAACACCAACCAGCCCAAGUUGAUAACUGUCCGUCUGGAAGGAGACCAACCCGAAAUCAAGUACUUGCCGAUAGAUGAAGACACACUGGAUGGCAUCACUGAACUGCGCGUACAAUUCCAGUCUGUCAGUGACGAUGACGCAACAACAUUUGAGUUACAUGUUCUGGGUUGCAUCAAAGAAUACACCACUCAGCCGACGACAAGAACCACCAGUGUCACCACCACUCUGAUAACCACGACUCCUCCCUCAUCAACAACCCAAGGGUACUGUCUGGAAUCCAUGGAUAGCGAGUCUGGACUUUUGUCGGAUGUCAGAGGUAGAGGUUCAGUGUUGCCGGACAAAACCAAAGGUGACAUCCAACUGACAGACCUUCCCAUCACUCCGGAAGCAGAAGAGCCUUCCAGUCUAGACAGUGAUUUCAAUGGACGUGUCAUUGCCAGAGCCAUCAGGUUCAGGCUGCAAUCCACAAUAUCCUCCACCACUCCGACAGGUGCUGGAGAAGAAAUUACGCCUCUUGAAAUCACUCUGACUUUGCUUGUUAAGAAGCCAGGAGAUAGCGACUUCACGCCCGUUUUGGAAGGGGACACUACUCAAAAGAAGAUUUUCAGAGUCACCCUUGACAGCGACUUGCCUGAGAGACUGCUGCUCCCGAGCGAUGACACAGCUCUGAAGGGCAUUGAGCAGUUGCGUAUUGAGUUCCAAACUGUGACCGGUGGUGAAUCAGCAAGACUGCAAGUGGAGGUUCUGGGAUGUGCAGAAGAAUACACAACAACUGAAAUGACCACUAAAGUCACCACUGUCACAACACCGACAACAACUGUCAGCGAAGAAACAACAAGCUCCCGAACCACGACGUCACAAAUGUCAACUACUCCAGGUUACUGUCUAGAGCCCAUGGAUGGGGAAAAGGGACUUGAACCUGAAGUUAAGGCGGCUGGAGAUCUCACAAUUGAUAGUCAGACCUCCUACUUGACAAUCACCCAGUUGCCAAUUGACCCAAGCUCAAGUGAUAUCCCCAGCGUAGAGCUCCUCUUCCGUCAACCCAUCAAGGUCACAGCAGUAGUCUUAGCCUCGCGUUCUCCUCAAGCAACAAGUGCACCCACGGGUCAGCCAGCAGCAAGCACAACCACAUCCAGGACUGCUGCAGGGGAGAGGCUGACUGAGGUCACCCUCACUCUGUCCACCAAGAAGCCCGACGAUGAUGAAUUCACUACACUGGUUGAUGAUAACACCAACCAGCCCAAGUUGAUAACUGUCCGUCUGGAAGGAGACCAACCCGAAAUCAAGUACUUGCCGAUAGAUGAAGACACACUGGAUGGCAUCACUGAACUGCGCGUACAAUUCCAGUCUGUCAGUGACGAUGACGCAACAACAUUUGAGUUACAUGUUCUGGGUUGCAUCAAAGAAUACACCACUCAGCCGACGACAAGAACCACCAGUGUCACCACCACUCUGAUAACCACGACUCCUCCCUCAUCAACAACCCAAGGGUACUGUCUGGAAUCCAUGGAUAGCGAGUCUGGACUUUGUCGGAUGUCAGAGGUAGAGGUUCAGUGUUGCCGGACAAAACCAAAGGUGACAUCCAACUGA